AUGUAUUGGCAUUUAGCUGAAGCUCCAUAUGAACCAAAGAACUUAUCAUGCUAAAAAUCUUAGUUCAUGUAAACUACUGAACAUAGUUAAUAAUGUUUUAUCGCAUAAUAGUAUUGCCAACAUGAUUUUUUAUAUUUCAAUUACAGCAUCUUGAGUUAUUGUUGGUUGAAUGGAUCCAUAAUGGUAAAUUAGUAUAUGAAAUAGACAACCUUAAUAGUCUCUGGAUUUGUGGGCUAUUUGGUUUACAAUGGAAUAAGUGAAGUGAUAAAAGAAUAUUUAAUUCCCUCAUUGGAAGCUGUGAAAGUGCGUUUUGAAAUUUCUGAGAUUAUGGCUGGAGUCACUCUUUUGGCUUUUGGAAAUGGAGCAGGAGAUGUCCUUACAGCCUUAGUGGCUUCAUCGUAUCCGGGAGGCAUAGAUUACAACAUAGGCGCCACAAUGGGAGCAGGAUUUGUAAAUUAAGAACAAAAAUUAUAUUGUUUAGUUCUUGUGUAGUAUAGGCGUAUAUUUGAUUACAAAGACAUCUAAAUCUCAAAUAAAGAUGGAGCCUGUGCAUUUCUGGAGGAAUGUUGGAUUUCAAAUAAUUUCCAUAUUUGUUAUUAUGGUAUUUGGAGUGAUAGGUCAGAUUUCCUACUUUUCCAGUAUCUCACUUACAGUUUUGUAUUUGAUUUUGGUGUCUUUGGUUUACUAUUAAGAAAGAGACAAAAUAUUAAAAAGCAGAAAAGAUAGUUUAGGAGAGAGAGUUUAGACUGUUAAUGAGGCGAAAUACGAUUUAGAGAUUGCACAGAAAUUUGAUGAUAUGAAAUUAAUUUAUUUAUGGGAUAAAAAAUCAGAAAUGGAAUAAGCAGCAAAACCAGUAAAGUGGGCAACUCCUUUGAUUAGAUUAAAUUAUGUAUCUGGAGAUGCAAGAGUUAAAAUGCUCGCUAAGAAAUUCAGAUCAGCAGUCAAGCUUACUAUGGCCAAUCUUGAAACCUAGAAAUAAAAAUGGGAAAGAUUGUCAAUGCAUGAAAAAGUUAGGGCUGUAAUCAUAUAUCCAUUGUAAAUGAUACUCAAAUUCACAUUGCCUAAACCUUAAGAGGAUCAAUUCGAUAAAAAUUAAGCCAUAAGUAAUUCAAUAUAUCUAAGAUUUACUUAUUUUAGUCUUCCCUAUACCUGGAUCAGUUUUCUUUGUUUCUGUUGUGUUUGGUUUCCCUCCUUGGUGGGUUUACUUUUUGGCCUUGAUGUUUGGAUUUGGAAUGUCAAUCUUUAUCAACACAACCACUCCUUCUUAAAGAACUCCGCCAAGCUAUUUUUUUUAUAUUCAACUAUAUUGUAUUUUAGGUUCCUUAGUUUGGAUAUUCUUUUUAUCUGGAUUACUGAUAGACUUCCUCUAAUUUUGGGCAAUUAUUACAGAAUUGAAUAAGACAUUUUUGGGAUUCAGCUUAAUCGCUAUGGGGAAUGUACUACCUGAUUGCAUCACUUUAGUUUCAUUAGCAGAGGAAGGUUAUGGUAAUAAAUAACCUUAUUAAUAGCAAUCAUGGCAUUAAAUGGAAUUUAUUGUAAUUGAUUUAGCUAAUACUGUAGUUGGAUAAAUGUUCACCAAUUUGAUUGGCUUUAGUGUUGCGUUUCUGAAGCAAAAUUUUGUUAAUUCAGGUCCCAUCAAGUUCAAUCUAUUCAGUAUUAUAGACAUAGAAUAAAAUGCUUUUAAAUUAAUGGUUAUAUUGGCUGCUUUCCUUAAUCUCUUAUUCACAUUAAUAAUGGUCGUUCGUAAUCAUUAUAUAAUAACUAAAUUCAUUGCUAAGUUACUAACUAUAUUUUAUAGCGUUUUUUUUAUUUUGUCUUCUUCAUCUGCAUUUUAUCAUGCAUGGGUAAAGAAAUGA